AUGGCGGACCGAAAGACAUUGACCCAAGGGUCGACCCUAUAUCGACCGGCUCAAGGGUCGACCGACUGGGGACACAUGAUAGACCGAGGGUCGAAAGGGUUCGAGGGUCGAACUUAUGUCGGGCGGCUUGGGGCAUCGACCCUUGAUAUAGAUUCGGGGACCUAUUCCCCUGAAAGGGAAGACGGUGCAAUCAAUUACUAUAUGAAGGGUAAAUUUCACAGUUGGAAACAGUGUUCUGUAGCUGCAUUUUUCAUAUCGAACACCAUGGAUGAAUUUGGUGUCUUGGUUGAGAGUAUCGGGUUCAGAGCCCAUGGAAAAUCAGCUCCCAUGGCCAAAUUGAAGCCAAAACCCAAAUCCCAUAUCGCGCCCAACGCCACCACAGACGCUCCGUCGUACGGCGAUCCAUAUUCCUUACCCGUUGACGAGCUCGAUGGAAUUUUCCGAUCCAAUGUUAAUAUCAGUAGAGCUAGGCAGUCGCAGAACGCCUUUGUCGACGAUAAUAUUUUUGGUGGGCCCGUCUCGAGUGCGAGCCAGUAUGGUGGGAUCGAUUUGGAAUCCGUGUUCUCCAGCUCGAAUAAGAGGAAUUCUGCAGAUUCCUAUGGUUUUGAUGAUUUGCUGGGGUCCAAUUCGAAGAUGGCAGAUCCUGUUGAUGAUUUGUUUGGGAAUUUUGGGCUCAGUUCUAGUGGGAAUCAGGGGAAAAAUGAUCCUGGGUUGGAUGAUUUGAUCCCGGGAUUUGGUGGAGCUGCCACUUCCAAGAACAGAGUCCACCCUGAGGCGAAGUCAAAUGUGCAUCCAUCUAAGUCUAGUUCGACAGGGAUUGAUGAUCCUUUCUUAAUCUUUGAAUCAUCUGCGUCUCAGUCAGAUGCCUCUUGGCCGUUUAAUGAACCCUUAGGCAAAGUUAAUGUAAAAAGUUCAGUUCCAUCUACAGCUAACGGCUUUGACAAUUUCUUCAUGGAUGGGCCUCCCAAGAGUGGUUCGAAAGUUGUGAGGAACACGACUAACAAGCCAAGUUCAGGCACAAGUUCAAAUGUUUUUGAAAAUGCCGAUUAUUUUGAUACAAUUUUUGGUGGCAGCAAUGCUGGGCAAACUAAAAAUGCGAAACAAAGUUCAACGGCUCAGAAUUCGUCUUUUGAUGAUUUCUUCCACCAAGAAGAGCCUAAAAAAACAUCUUCAAAGGCCACAUUCAGCACAAAGAAGGCGCCUUCUGCUACAAAUAUAGGCAAUGAUUUCAUUUCACUUUUUGGAGAUCUUGACACUUCAUCUGGAGAAUUUCAUGAAAUCGAGGGGGAGCCUGCAGAAAGACGAAAAGCUCGGUUAAAGCGUUACAUGAAAAUGAACGAACGGAUGGCUGAGGCACUUGCUGAAAAAAAUCAACGAGAUCUACAGAUUCAGUAUGAGCAGGAAGAGAAACGUAGGCUUGCUGAGACCCUGGACAAUGAUAUAAAGAGAUGGGCUGCUGGAAAAGAAAGCAAUUUACGUGCCUUGUUGUCUUCAUUGCAGCAGGUUUUGGGGCCAGAAAGUGGCUGGCGCCCGGUUUCAUUAACAGAUAUGAUUACUUCUGAAUCAGUGAAAAAGGUUUACAAGAAGGCAACUUUAUACGUCCAUCCAGACAAAGUUCAACAAAGAGGAGCAAAUCUCCAGCAGAAAUAUGUGGCGGAGAAGGUUUUCGACAUUCUCAAGGAAGCAUCGAACAAAUUCAGCGCCGAGGAAUUGCGAUAA